AUGUCUAAUUUAUCUUGUGACUUAAGACAAAAAUCAAUUCUUGCGUUAAAAAAUCUUUCAAGUUUUUUAGAGACUUUAAGUGCUGUUGAUACUAAUAUAAAGAAAGAAGCGACAAAGAUUUUUUAA